GACAUGGCGGAGAGUGUCCUUGAGUGACACGUGUGUUGCAAGAUAAUCGGAGUCCUCAGAGCUAGCUAAGAUAGCUAGGUUAGCUACCUGAUGGAAAUGGUUUAUGUAGCUGACUAGUUAACGUUAGCUCAGCCAACAUUAAAACGUCGGUUACGUUUAAUCAGCUCAAAAAACAGGAUGCCUUUACACAAGUACCCGCCACGACUUUGGGACGCCCUGAAGUUAAAAAAAGGCAUCUUCGCACGUCUGCCUCAGCACUACCUCAAAGCCUUGCAGAACACGCCCCCUCCGACGCCCGUGCACUGGAAACCUCUGGGCGUGAAAUACAGGGCUAACCCCAAAACGGGCCACCGAGAGCGGGUUCAGGACAUUCCUAUUCCAGUGUACUAUCCGCCGGAGUCGCAGGAUGGACUCUGGGGAGGGGAAGGGUGGAUACGCGGAUACAGAUACGCCAAUAAUGAUAAGAUGUCUACAAGGGUAAAGAAGACUUGGAAGCCUCAGCUUUUCAAGAGAGAGCUGUACAGUGAAAUCCUUGACCAAAAGUUCAGCGUCACAGUCACAGCUCGUGCGCUGGAUCUUAUCGAUGCCGCUUAUGGCUUUGACUUCUAUAUUCUCAAGACUCCAAAGCAGGACUUGAACUCUAAAUUUGGGAUGGAACUCAAGCAAGCCAUGCUUCUCCGGUUAGCGCGGAAAGACUUGCAGCUCCAUCCCGAUGAUCCCGCUCGAAGGGAGAAGAUUUACAAUAAGUACAAACAGUUUGAGAUCCCAGAGGAGGAGGCAGAGUGGAUGGGGCUGAGCCUAGAGGAGGCAGUGGAGAAACAGAGACUGCUGGAGCGUAAGGAUCCUGAGCCCCUGUACCAGAGAUGCGUGGACAGCCUGGUGAGAGAGCUGGCCAUCCAGAAACUGACUGAGCCUCAGCUUGUGAAGAAGGACUGAUGGCUCAGAGCAGAAUUUCAGCUUGUUUGUACAGAAAUGCACUUACAAUGUAUGGGAUGACCUGUAAAUAUCUAAUGAUUUCCACACAAACAAUAAAAUCCUUCACAGGUUUAAGGUUUGCACUCAA